CUGUUUAUUUUGUCAAAAAUUGAUGUUCAUGAAUGUUCAUAUAUAUAGAGUUCUCUUUUGCAAACACUCACUGGUGAAAUUGCAAUUUUUGAUGGAAAAGUUCGAAUGCAUGGUUCAUUCUGUUAUGUACCACAAGAAUCAUGGAUAUUUUCUUCAACUAUUAAAACAAAUAUUCUCUUCGGCAAAGCAUAUGAUCAUAAUUUAUUUCGAAAUGUUGUUAAAGCAACUGCACUCGAUAUAGAUUUUGCUCAAUUACCUAAUGAAGAAAAUACUCUUGUUGGUGAUCAAGGUGUUAUGUUGUCUGGAGGUCAAAAGGCACGUGUUAAUAUGGCUCGAGCACUCUAUCGUAACGCAGAUAUCUAUCUUUUGGAUGAUCCUUUAUCUGCUGUCGAUGUCAAAGUAGCUAAACAUCUCUUUCAAAGAUCUAUCAAAAAUGAUCUUGCUAAUAAGAUUUGUAUAUUGGUUACACAUCAAAUUCAAUUCUUGCAAGAUGCAACAAAAAUUAUUGUACUUAACAAUGGUGAAAUGGUACAAAUUGGUACUUAUACUGAUUUGCUUGAUUCAUCAACAUCAUUUGCUCGUUUACUUGAUGAUAUUCAUCAAUUUGAACAACAACAUUCUAUCGAACUUCAUCAACAACAAUCAAUUCUUAGUUCGACCUGUUCGAAUGUUGAUGAAGAAAUGUUGACAUUUUCGAAAAAUGUUGAAACAAAACAAAAGGGUGCAGUCAAAUGGCAUGUGUAUAUUGUAUAUUUAAAAGCUGGUGUUGGUAUUAUUAUGGGUUUGUUCAUCGUCAUAAUUCUAUCAUCAGUACAAGAAGCAACAUCGAUAUUUAGUAAUUGGUGGUUAGCAAAAUGGAAUGAUGAUGAAAGUUAUCGAUAUCGAAUUUCAAACAAUUGUACAAGUAUUCAAAAUAAUAAUAAUAAUACUGUAUGGUCGAUGAGUAAUGCAGAAUGGAAUAAUCAUCGAAAUCGACGAUUCUAUAUCUAUUGUGGUUUGUAUUCAAUUAAUGAUCACAUUUUUCGAUAUGUAAAAUUUAUAUUUCUAGUAAUCGUAUUCAUCUUUGUGCUUAUGACUCUUUUCCGUUCAAUU